GUUCUCAACAGCUUCACUUUGGUCAGGGCUUCACACACUACUCUUUGAUCCCCAACAAUACUAAGCAGGACAGUGUAUCCUUGGCUCCAGAACCAGUGUUCCCACAUUGCCUCCAGGAUGUCAGCUAGAGCCAUAGAGAACGGGGAAGGCCAUGCCUUGGGCCCCCUCCUGCUAGAAUUGCUGCCGGAAGAGGAAGAAGAACUUUCCGAGUCAAGCAACCAGGCCUCCUAUGGCUCUUCUCCUGGGAAGCCACCAAAGGGACCACAUCAGGGACCAGAUGACUUUGGCUCUGACCCCAGAGAUCCACCCAAUUUCUACCAUUAUGCAGGCAUGACUGCAGCUGCUGUGAUUGGAGGAGUCGUGGCCGUGAGGGCUGUGCCUGAGUUGCUGGACACUGUGGGCUUCACCAGAACAGGAAUCUCCCGCUCCUCCUUAGCGGCCAAGAUGAUGUCAUCAACUGCCAGAGCCAAUGGGGGCGGAGUUCCCUCUGGCAGCCUAGUCUCCAACCUCCAGUCCAAGGGGGCAACUGGACUUUCCACACCAACCAACAUCCUCCUGGGAUCUGCUGGGGCACUUUUGGGGGCCUUGCUGUGGGAUUCCUACAGCUCCUCCAGGAGGACCCAGUACUAA